UGAUUCGCUGUUGCAGGAGCGGAAAAGGAGAUCCGCAGGCUCGAAAAAGAUCCCAAGGAACAAUCGAGGAAGCACGAGUUACACGGAUUUCUACUUGUCAAACACUGUGUUUGUCUGAGACAUUUUCGCUCGCUGCUGUGGGAGAACGCUUACAAUUUGUAAUGCUGAAAUAUGAGAGAACGGAACCGGGGCGGGUGAAGGCACAUGGGAGAGGACUGUCCGUGUACUCAAGGCUCUAAGAGGGAAAACACGAUUUGCUUGGAACUGGAUUUGGCGAAGUGGGAUGUCUACAAAAAGUUGAUGUUGGGUUCCGGACGAAGCUCUGCACACCUUCCACACCAACCAAUUCCAAUGGAUAGAUAGAGUUAGUGAGUGGUAGACACAGACUGUUAGAGUUUCAUUUAACUUUUUUACUGAGUUUGAAGAUCCAACCUCCUUCAGAGUGGAGAGUCAAUAUUCAGCAUUAUCUUGGCUACUGAGGCCAAAAUGUUGCGAUUGUCUUUGACAGCUUUGAGUCUUUCAUGGAUUUUGUUCAUUUGCAACGUGAGCAGAACUUUUGCACAAGAAAGACAGGGUUAUCUGGUCGCUGCCCCCUCUGUGUUUCGAGCAGGCGUGGAGGAGAGUGUGAGCGUUACCAUCUUCAAUGCAAAAGCAGAAACACGCGUCCAAGUGCAGCUGGUGGUGAAGGGGCAGGCGGUCGCCCACAGCCAUGGCUCAGUGUUUGAUAAAGGCACCAUCAAGCUAAAGGUUCCCUCUGGUUUAAGAGGUCAGGCCCAUCUAAAGGUGUGGGGCAACCGUCACCUCACAGAGGGAGGCUACAUCUUCCACAACUUUACCACCGUCACAUUGGAGAGCAAGGGCACAGCUGUCUUCAUCCAGACUGAUAAACCUGUCUACAAACCCAAACAUAAAGUGCUCGUCAAUGUCUACACUGUAACCCCCGACCUAAGGCCAGUGAAUGACAAGAUUGAGGCAUAUGUUUUGGAUCCCAGAGGAUCCAGGAUGGUCCAGUGGAAAGGUCUCAAAUCUAUAUGUUGUGGGGUUGUGAACAUGAGUUUCCCUCUGUCCGACCAGCCUGUGCUUGGAGAGUGGUUUAUCUUUGUGGAGGUGCAGGGACACACCUACAAUAAGUCGUUUGAAGUGCAGAAAUAUGUGAUGCCCAAGUUUGAGUUGGUGAUCGAUCCACCACAAUACAUUAGUGAUCUGAAUUCAUGCCAGCAGGCUUCUGUCAGGGCCAGGUAUACCUUUGGGAAACCAGUUGCAGGGAAGUUGACAGUGAAUAUGACGGUGAACGGAGUGGGCUACUACCGUCAUGAGAUGGGUCAUCCUGUGAUAAAAACCAUGGAGAUAAAAGGCUCUGCAAACUUCAGCCUGUGUGUGAAGGACAUGAUGCCCUUAGAUGUAGCCGAUCACUUCAGGGGCACUGUGAGCAUUUGGGCGGCAGUGACCAGCGUGGAUGGGAGCAGGCAAACCACAUUUGACGAUUCAACGCCCGUCCAUAAACAGCUCAUUGACAUAAAGUACUCAAAGGACACACGCAAGCAGUUCAAGCCCGGUCUGCCUUACAAGGGAAAGAUUGAGGUGACCUACCCCGAUGGAAGCCCUGCUGAUGGGGUGAAGGUGCGUGUCAAGGCGGAGCUUACUCCCAAGGACAAUGUCUACACCAGUGAGCUGAUCUCUAAGGACGGGCAGGCCAUCUUUGAGAUCCCCUCCAUCCCUACUGCUGCCCAGUACGUCUGGCUAGAGACCAAAGUGACAUCCAUUGAUGGGAAGACAGUGGGAGACCAGUACCUGCCCAGCUACCUGUCCAUCAGUAGCUGGUACUCUCCCAGCAAGUGUCACAUCCAGAUUCAAAGCCCCAGCUCUCCUUUCAAGGUCGGCCAAGAAGCAGAAGUUGCUCUCAAGUCUACCUGUCCCUGUAACUUCACUCUACACUAUGAGGUGACAUCGAGGGGGAACAUCAUCCUGUCAGGCCAACAACCUGCCAACAUGACGGCUUCCCACCGAGGAAAAAGGGCUACGGUCAUCUUUGACAAGAACAUCCAUGCCACCCAACUGCCUCCUUCUGCCUCUGGUGUCGCUGGCUCCUCCUUUCAGGUCGAGGUGGACAGCUGCGUGUCGUAUCUACGUUUCCCAGUUAGCCAUAGCAUGGCCCCCCUUAGCCGUCUUCUGGUCUACUACGUGAGGGAAAACGGUGAAGGUGUCACCGACAGUCUGCAAGUCCCUAUCCAGCCUGUCUUUGAGAACCAGGUGUCUGUUACUCAGUCAUCAAACGAGUCCAUGCCAGGAGACCCCAUCACUCUUAAUGUCAGGGGAGAAAAAGGCUCCUGUGUGUGUGUGGCCACUGUGGAUAAGAGCCUCUAUCUAUUAAAGCCUGACUUCCAGAUCAGUCCAGACAAGGUUUUUAAAGAGCUUGCAGAUUUUGACGUUUCCGAUGCCUUUGGAAUUCCUAAAGAUGACGGACACUUCUGGUGGCCUGGGCUGUCAUCAAAGAGACGCAGACGCUCCUCUGUGUUUCCCUGGCACUGGGACAUCACCAAGGAUGCCCGCUUUGCUUUCACUGAAACAGGGCUGGUUGUGAUGACAGAUAUGGUGAGUUUAAACCACCGGCAGAGCGGAGGCAUGUACACAGAUGAGGCCGUUCCAGCCUUCCAGCCUCACACCUCAACCUUAGUGGCUGCCAUGCACUCUCGCCAAACGCCCAGAGCAGAGAAGCGUAGGCGUACAUUUUUCCCAGAGACUUGGGUGUGGCACUGCCUCAAUGUCAGCUCUGAAACUGGGGAGGCCGAGCUGCGAUUGGAUGUGCCUGAUUCAAUCACCACCUGGGUGACAGAAGCUGUUGGCUUGUCUGAAGAAAAGGGUCUGGGCAUAGCAAAGAGAGCAGAGCUUCAUACCUUCAAGCCUUUCUUUGUUGACUUCACAUUACCCUACAGCUUAAUCAGAGGAGAGCAGACCAAAGUUCCUCUCACGGUCUACAACUACCUGCCAACCUGUGCUGAGGUUCAUGUUAAAAUCUCAGUUCCGAAAGGCAUUAAGUUUGUUGGCCACCCUGGAAAGCACCACCUCACCAGAAAGAAGUGUGUGGCUCCUGGAGAGGCAACACCGACAUCUAUUGUGCUGUCUUUCACUGAACUGGGGUUCGGAAACAUCACAGCACGUGCGAUUGCCUACAGUGAACCAAGCUGCUGUUCAGAUGGACUCCAGACCGGCAAAACAGGCAACACUGUGGACGAAAGAAGGACCCCAAUUGGCCUGGACUUUGUCCGCAGGACUGUCCAGGUGGAACCUGAAGGUCUGCCAAGAGAAUACACCUACAGUGUCUUCUUCUGUCCCAACGAGAGAAUCCACAUUUCCACCCCAAACAAGUACGAGUAUCAGUAUGUGAAAAAGCCGGCCAAGAUGAACUACUUCCAGGUGGCAGUGAAGACCCACAACGAUGCACAUUUUGCCCUCUCUGCCAGCCCCCAUGACAGUGCAGAGAUGCUGGAGAUUGUGCUUGGCGGAAGGCAAAACACUCGCUCUUGGAUCUCUGUGGGCAAGAUGGGCGAUCCUUUAGUCAGUGCCUCCACUUCAGGUAUCCUCUCUUGGGACGAGUUCCGCAGCUUCUGGAUCAGUUGGAAGGGAGGCGUGGUACAGGUGGGCCAUGGUGUACAUCCAUCCAAUGAAUCAGUCAUCCUCCAGUGGGCAGGCCAGUUCCACGGACAGGUGCGUUACAUAGGCUUCUCGACAGGCUGGGGCUCAGUUGGCGAGUUUAAGAUCUGGAAGAAGGAAGACUCUGAUGAGAACCACAAUGAGGCCUUCACUCUGGGGGUCCCACACAACAUGGUACCUGGAUCUGAGAAGGCCACUGUGUUCAUGAUCGGGGAUGUUAUGGGGCCAACUCUCAAUAACCUGGACAAGCUAUUGAGGCUUCCCUUUGGAUGUGGGGAGCAGAACAUGAUUCACUUUGCCCCCAACGUCUUUGUUCUCAAGUACCUGCAGAAGACCAGACAACUCAGUUCUGAGGUCGAGAAUGAAGCUACUGACUACCUUCUGCAAGGCUACCAGAGACAACUGACCUACAAACGGCAGGAUGGAUCGUACAGCGCCUUCGGGGAGAGGGAUUCCUCUGGCAGUAUGUGGUUGACAGCGUUUGUGCUGAAGUCCUUUGCUCAGUCUAGGGGUUUCAUCUAUAUUGACCCUGAGGAGCUUUGUGCUGCCAAGUCCUGGCUCAUCAAACAUCAGCGAGAUGAUGGCUCAUUCCCUGCCAUGGGACGCAUCCUCAACAAAGAUCUGCAGGGAGGGAUCCAUGGGAAGAUCUCACUUACAGCUUAUGUGGUUGUUGCUCUCUUGGAGACAGGGAUAACCACGGAGGAAGAGAAAGUUGCAGUGGCCAAAGCCAAGGAUUUCCUGGAGAGCAACACCUACUCUGCUGAUGACCCUUACACCACGGCCCUGUCUGCUUACGCUUUGGCUCUACUCCGCAGCCCUUACGCUCCGCUGGCGCUGCGCCGCCUAAACCACAUGGCCAUCACACAAGAUGGACUCACUCACUGGAGUCUGACUGGCAGCACUAUGACAGAUGAAGACACUUUCAUGGGCUUCAGUGAUGGCCUGUCUCAGUCAGUGGUGUCAGCAGAGGUGGAGAUGACAGCCUAUGGUCUUCUGACCUACACCCUCCUUGGGGAUGUGGCUUCUGCCCUGCCUGUGGUCAAAUGGCUCUCCCAGCAGAGGAAUGCAUUGGGUGGCUUCUCAUCCACGCAGGACACCUGUGUAGCUCUCCAGGCUCUGUCAGAGUAUGCCAUCCUGUCCUAUGUUGGGGGGGUCAACCUCACCAUCUCACUGGCAUCCACCAACCUCGACUUCCAGGAGACAAUUGAACUUAACAGAGACAACAAAAAACUCCUACAAAGUGCCAAGAUCCCCAGUAUCCCCACAGGCCUUUUUGUCAGCGCAAAAGGAGAAGGCUGCUGUCUCAUGCAGAUCGAUGUGUCUUACAACCUACCUGACCCAGUAUCCAAGCCAGCCUUCCUGCUCAAGGUGGACCUGAAAGAGCCUUUUCAGGAGCGACACCAACAGCCUCCCUCCUCCUCUUCAUCAAAUCCCCGUCACCCUUCCUCGCGUCCGCGUAGCCGUGCAGACAACCGCUCUGAACUUAACCGCAAGCGGCGGGCACCCAUUGAUGACGAUGACCCGGCGGCUUACCAGGACAAAAUGGAUUUCCACAUAUCUUUAGAAGUCUGUGCCAGGUGGCUUCAUUCAGGCUCGUCAAAUAUGGCUGUCAUUGAAGUUCCGAUGAUUUCUGGAUUCCGGGCAGAUGUUGAAAGCCUGGAGAGGCUGCUGAUGGACAAGCGAGUGGGUCUAAAGCGAUAUGAGCUGAACGGGAGGAAAGUGUUGUUCUACUUUGAUGAGAUUCCCAGCCAGUGUAUGACGUGUGUGGCCUUCCAAGCUGUCAGGGAAUACAUUGUGGGCAAGACAGCGCCUGUUCCGGUUAAGAUCUAUGACUACUAUGAACCAGCCUUCGAGGCCACCCGGUUCUACAAUGUUAGCGAGAGCAGUCCGCUGGCACGGGAGCUCUGCGAUGGACCCACUUGCAACGAGGUGGAAAGUUCAACCAAUCAGUGGAUAGGUUUUGUGCAGGCCAACCAAUGCAAUAAUGUGUUCGGAUGUCUGGAGGAGGAGCAGUUUGAGCGCUGCACUUGCUACAGGGACUGCGGUUACGAUGGGGAGCCAGUUUGUGGGUCGGACGGGCAGCUCUACCAGAACCAGUGCCAGAUGGAGGUGUUUGCCUGUCGAAAUGGGACACGUAUCAAGCAGGUUCCGUUGACCCAGUGUCCUCACAUGGCUCCCACAGUGGAGGACAAGCAACCCAUAACACGCCAGGAAACUGAGCAGCCCUCAGUGCCCGUACACACAGGUGAGGAGGAGCAGGGUUCCAUGGCAGAGGUGUCCUACUACUCCUACGAGUACGACCCGGACUCUGAGCCCUUCCUUGCUGAUGCAGACGGAGGGGACCAGUUUGACCUUCCUGAGGGUGGAGGGGAUGUAGAGCAGAAGGUGCUCCUGCAAGCGAAUACCCAGCAGCCCACACUGGACACAAAGAACAUCCCUGAGCGAUGAAACGCUGAAAGACUGAGGCCAUACCCACCUCCAAAUUGUACAUUAUUUGUGAAUAUGCUAGUGAAUGGAAAGAAAGAAGAGUCUUGGGACUUGCCCUGCCAGAAAGAAAGAAAGAGAUGGUGGAGUCUGGAGAAAAGUGUGUGUGAGAGUGUGUUGUGUCAUUUUGUAUGUAGUCUGUGUGGAUGCAUUUAUACGUAUGUGUGCGUGGUUGGAUGUUACUAUGUACGGUUGCUGUAAAGCCAGUGUCCUCCAGACUUCUCUUCGUCCAAACUCCUGGUCACCAUUGGGCACCAUAGCGUCUUUGUUAUUCACUGUACUGCCUUUAUAAUCACUAGAAGUAAUAAUCAAGUAUUUAUGUUUGUAAUUACACCUGACUGUAAGCAAAAUAUUUUGUUAUUUUCUAUCUGUGGUAUUUAUUUGUAGUUAGAGGUCAUAUCAUUUUCUGUUUUUUUUUUGUUUUGUUUUGUUUUUUUCUGUUCUUGUUUUUCUUUGCCCGUUCAUACAGUCUACUCUUUACUCUUAUGGUUCUUUGAGUUCAAACAAAAGAUAUAUACUGUCAAAGGCAUUUUUUGUUCUUUCAUAGCAAGCUUUAACCCAUUCCUUGAAUUGUUGAUGACAUUCCUGUGCUGGUAUCCUGCUGUAAAAGACAUAUGCUAACCAUAUGCUUUACAGAAACAUAAGCUCAAAUGUAUUUCUUUUUUUUUUUUGAAUUUUUUUGGAGCUUUUUGCAUUUAACAGACAGCGCAGCAGAGACUGACAGGAAACAUGAGGAAAGAAGAGGACUGAAAUGCAACUGAGGCCACAAAGCGAACAGAAGCUCAGUGUAUGUGGGCCUCGGGUUCACAAGGAUGCAUCAAUUCAAGUGUUUCUGGAAGAAUUCAACCGAAACACCCACAACAUCUACUCUCAAGUCACCUUUCACCUUACCUACCUUGAGAUUUGAUUGUACAGUUCAUAAGCUAUUUUUGUUUGUGUUCAAUUUAAAUUUUUAAAGCAAUAAACUGAAAAAUCAAAAAUUACGUUUUGAAUUAAUGUAAAUGGACCAAAUUUGAUUCAAUGUAGUCCCUAUUCAUUUCAGAUAUUGCGCUUUUUAAAACAAACAAGAAUAAAAUUUGUAUACAAUCCAAA